AUGAUUACCUCGCCGAUGCACAGUCGGGACAAGAUCAAGCUUUGCGAGGACAUCAUCCGGGAUCAUUUUGGGCCAACAGCGCAUAGAGUUGCUUGCACAUUAUUGGAGCGCGGCAGGCUGAGUCUUCGCGAGCUGCAGAGAUUCCUGGCCACCACCACUACGGUAGCCACUGCCGGAUUGACCACCGCCGAUCUACUUGCUCACGCGGGAGGCAGUGGAGGAGAGGGAGCCUCAACUUCCGCAGCAGGUCUAGCAGCUGCCCAAACAGCCGCAGCUCAAGCUACACUCGCGUCAAUUUCCGCCUCAUCCCCACUCAAAUCCAAAAGGUUGAUUCAACAAACCCUUCUGGUCCUUAUACAGCACAAUGUGUGCUGGCACACGGAUACGGACGACUUGGAAAAGGAGAGCAAUUAUGAGGGAACGGAGUACUUUGAAAUCAAUCCGGAUGCCGUGUUGCCUCGUCUAAGGUUCGGGAGGUACAUCGAGACCGCCCAAGAAGAGUUUGGAGAAGAAGGCGGGGCUGUCGCACGCGAGGUGCUGCUGAACGGCAAGCUCAAGGCUAGCGACAUUAUCGAUCGGCUUUCUGAGAAUGGCCACGAUCGUCGACGAGCAGAUGAGAUUUCUUUGAUCCUGCGUGACAUGCUUUAUAAAGCCUACUUGCAACCUUCGGUACUGAGCCAGCAGACGAAUCCGCGAGACAAGGAGAUUGGUUGGUCUCAGAGAGAAAGACAAGCCAUCAAAGGCGCCAAGUUGUCGACUGGUGCGGAUCGGGAGAUUGUCGAAACCGUCAAGAAUAGGAUGGCAAGGGAAGAGCAACAAGCCUGGGAAGGUGACGCCAUGGGCGCUGGCGGCAUAUUUGGCGGAGGUUCGGGCCGACUUGGUCUGCUCAGACGAGAUGCAAAGCGAUCGAAAUCCGGCUCGAGUAGGAAAGGCGCCAGCAGUAGCAGCAGCGCCAGCAGCAAAAAGCGAAAGGUGGAUAGCGGCAAGAGCGCGACUUCCGAAAAGCUGCUGGGUGGACGAGGGGCAGACGAGGGCGAUACUGAGAGGGAAAAUCUCGAGAUUGAUCCUGACAUCUUCCUGAGGCUGCACUAUCCUCGCUUCGACGUUCACCUACGCGACUUGAUCAUGUGCCAAGCCAUCAGAAGCAAGUUCAAUGAGACGUGCUCAGAAGUAUUCCAGUUGAUGAUUCAGAUCGGAGAGGCCAAGGAGGAGCGACCAUCGGUAGGAGAUUAUCAAUCUGGCAUCUUCAGUCUGAGCGAACUUUCCGGCCAGACUGCAUCCUCCAUACAGCUUUGGAAAGGCUUGGACAGGGAAUCGCUCAAAGAGUCAGGUCCAGCAGCUGGCGGCGGAGGCAAGGCGUCUCGCUACGAUCUAUUUGCAGAGUACGCGGCCAUUUUUUCUCAGACGGACGACUUGUCCCACACUAGCAUGGAGAGCAAAUUUAUACAGCCCGCUCCUGGCAGUACGACGACGCUUUCGGCUGGGGGAAGCCGCGUGGCUCAGAAAUUUGUGGUCAAGUACGACAAUACCGCCAAGAGACUAAAGAGAGCGCUGUUGAAGGAUGUGGUGCAGAAUCAGUAUGGCAGCAUGGCUACACGUAUUCUGUCGAUUCUUUUGGACAAAGGCAAACUCGAGGAGACGCACAUUCACAAAUUGGCACUGAUCACCAUCGGUGAAGUGCGAGACUUGUGCGCGAGAAUGUUUGCAGCUGGAUUGUUGUCCCUGCAAGAAGUUCCAAAGUCGAACGAUCGAUCCAACGUUUCUCGCAUGGUGCUGCUGUGGUUUGUGGACGAGUGCAAAUGGCGUUCGUGGUUGUUGGAUCAUCUGCACAAGACGCAGAGCAGGCUGUUGCAAAGGAGAAGAGAAGAAGAGAGGAGACGGGCUGCUCUGCUUUCCAAAACGCAGAGGAGCGAUGUAAAGAUGAAUGUGCAAGAGUUUUUGGCCGAUUAUGAAAAGGAACAGCUGGAGAAGCUCAACAAUACCCUGGCUCUCAUCGUCGUGGCACAAUUGCGCAUCGAUGAAAAUUCCUUUUUGCUCGCCAACCUGCCUGGUUGAGCGCGGGCUGGUGUAACCCUGGCUAAGCCGUCACUUGCAGCAAAUAAUACAUGUCUCAUCGCAUCCAAAGCGAGUGCCAAAGAACUCACAGAUGUACGUUUGCGUUUUUGCGCCAGGCCAGAAUCGACGCUUGAAGCACUCAAAGUCUAGUACAUGAUUUGCACACGAAGAACCGAGCGAGACAUUUGCCCCCAGAAACUCGCGUGGAAAGCAGGCACGAAAAUUUCCAUCCUCGUGUCAUCUUUUUUGGUAAAGAUGAAUUUACAAAAAAAGUGCGAUUCGAGAUUGCAGGCCGACGGAAAUCCCAAAAGAGUAUGCGGGCAGCAGCAUCGUUCGUCGUAAAGUAGUCGCGCCCCAGCUCGACGCACUUUGUGAGCAGCCGAGCAGGCUCAAGGGAAGAGGAUCAAGGACUGACGACUACUUUUCUGACCUCUUCAUCGCCUGCCAGCGCUCUAAAGAGCCUUCUCCACUCCAACGG